GCCAACUUCACGCCACCCUGUGAAUGAGUGUGAGGUCGUGUGUGUGUGAAUUUUCAUCAGCGCCAAAGGCAAACGUUUGAGAAGUAAUUUUAAGUUAAUAAGAAUUCAACGAUAUAAACAAACGAUGGCGUUGCGUGUUCUUGGAGUAACGCAGAAUAUGCGCUCGUUCCUGCGAGGCGUUGACCUCAUCAAGCGCUACAAGUCGGCGGCCACUCUGCAGAAGACUCUGCUAAACAUACCCGCCACCCAGGUGACCAAGCUGGACAACGGUCUGCGCGUCGCUAGCGAGGAUUCUGGCGCCUCCACCGCCACCGUCGGCCUCUGGAUCGAUGCUGGCUCCCGUUCCGAGAACGAGAGGAACAACGGUGUGGCCCACUUCCUGGAGCACAUGGCCUUCAAGGGCACCGCCAAGCGCUCCCAGACCGACCUGGAGCUGGAGGUUGAGAAUUUGGGCGCUCAUCUGAAUGCGUACACGUCUCGCGAGCAGACCGUCUUCUACGCCAAGUGCUUGUCGAAGGACGUGCCGAAGGCCGUUGAGAUUCUGGCCGACAUUAUCCAGAACUCCAAGCUGGGCGAGGCUGAGAUUGCACGCGAGCGUUCGGUCAUUCUGCGCGAGAUGCAGGAGGUGGAGAGCAACCUCCAGGAGGUGGUGUUCGAUCACCUGCAUGCCACCGCCUACCAAGGCACUCCCCUGGGCCAGACAAUCCUUGGACCCACCAAGAACAUUCAGUCCAUUGGCAAAUCCGACCUGACCGACUACAUCCAGACCCACUACAAGGCCUCGCGCAUUGUCCUCGCCGCUGCCGGUGGUGUGAAGCAUGACGAUUUGGUCAAGCUGGCCGGCUCGAGCCUGGGCAGCCUGGAGGCCAGCACGCUGCCACCAGAGAUUACUCCCUGCCGCUUUACCGGCUCUGAGGUGCGCGUUCGUGACGAUUCCCUGCCCCUGGCCCAUGUGGCUGUCGCCGUUGAGGGCUGCGGCUGGACCGAUCAGGACAACAUCCCGCUGAUGGUGGCCAACACCUUGGUGGGUGCCUGGGAUCGCUCUCAGGGCGGUGGAGCCAACAAUGCCUCCAACUUGGCCCGUGCCAGCGCCGAGGACAACCUGUGCCACAGCUUCCAGUCGUUCAAUACCUGCUACAAGGACACCGGUCUCUGGGGCAUUUACUUCGUGUGCGAUCCUCUGCAGUGUGAGGACAUGAUCUUCAACAUUCAGACAGAGUGGAUGCGCCUGUGCACCAUGGUCACCGAGGCCGAGGUGGAGCGCGCCAAGAACUUGCUGAAGACCAACAUGCUGCUGCAGCUGGACGGCACCACACCCAUCUGCGAGGACAUUGGCCGCCAGAUUCUGUGCUACAAUCGUCGCAUCCCACUGCACGAGCUGGAGCAGCGCAUCGACAAUGUCAGCGUGUCGAAUGUGCGCGAUGUGGCCAUGAAGUAUAUCUACGACAGAUGCCCGGCCGUCGCCGCUGUGGGACCCGUCGAGAACCUGCCCGACUACAACAGAAUUCGCUCCUCCAUGUACUGGUUGAGGGUCUAGGCUCCUCCCCCCCACCACCACUGUUGUUGGACAUGUACCGAGUAGCUUAAUCCAAGAAAAUUGCAUGCUAAAAUAACAGUAAAGUAAACCGAAAAGAUACCUACAAUAA